UCCCGAACGGGCGGAGGGAAGGGGGGAAGGAGAGCGGAGCCCUCUCCGCCGCUCAGAGGAAGGGGAGGGAAUGGGGAAAGUUUAGCGGAGGGUGUUUGAAUCGGGAGUUAUCCCUAAAGAGCCUUUCCCCUGAUCUGAUCCAGAGGGCAGCGCUGGGAGGAGGGGGAGGCGGCGACGAGCAGCCCUGCAACAUCUGUAAAACUUGAAGGAGGCGGUGGAGAGGAGCGCGCGAGACGGAGAAAAGAGAGAGGGACAACUUUUCCGACACGUAUUAGUGCAAGUAGAGCUGAAGUAAUGAGAAGUCAUCAUGGAGGCGCAGUCCCAUAGCUCUACCACAACUGAGAAGAAAAAAGUGGAGAAUUCCAUCGUGAAAUGCUCCAGUCGAACAGAUGUCAGUGAGAAAGCUGUUGCCUCCAGCACAACUUCCAAUGAGGAUGAAAGUCCUGGGCAGACCUAUCACAGAGAGAGAAGGAACGCGAUCACAAUGCAGCCGCAGGGUGGGCAAGGCCUCGGCAAGAUCAGUGAAGAGCCUUCCACGUCGAGUGAGGAAAGGGCCUCAUUAAUCAAGAAGGAGAUCCAUGGAUCUAUAUCGCACCUUCCCGAACAUUCUGUACCCUACCGUGGGACGCUCUUUACCAUGGACCCCCGAAACGGUUACAUGGACCCUCAUUACCAUCCUCCUCACCUUUUUCCGGCAUUCCACCCUCCUGUACCAAUUGAUGCAAGACAUCAUGAGGGACGCUACCAUUACGAACCAUCUCCCAUUCCUCCUCUACAUGUGCCUUCUGCCUUAUCUAGUAGCCCAACAUACUCAGAGCUGCCAUUCCUUAGAAUUUCCCCGCACCGAAAUCCUGCUGCAACAUCAGAGUCUCCCUUCAGCACCCCUCACCCAUACAUUAACCCCUACAUGGACUACAUCAGGUCCCUGCACAGCAGCCCAUCCCUCUCCAUGAUCUCGGCAGCCCGUGGACUCAGCCCAACAGACGCUCCACAUGCUGGCGUCAGUCCAGCUGAAUAUUAUCAUCAGAUGGCUCUGUUGGCAGGCCAGCGCAGCCCGUAUGCAGACAUCAUUCCUUCAGCUGCCACUGCAGGAGCCGGGGCUCUUCAUAUGGAAUAUCUUCAUGCCAUGGAUAGCGCCAGGUUUCCGAGUCCGAGGUUGUCAGCUAGACCGAGCCGAAAGCGCACGCUGUCCAUAUCCCCCCUGUCUGACCACAGCUUUGACCUUCAGACCAUGAUACGGACAUCUCCAAAUUCCUUGGUCACAAUUCUCAAUAAUUCUCGUAGCAGUUCAUCAGCCAGUGGUUCUUAUGGCCACUUAUCUGCAAGUGCAAUAAGCCCUGCUUUGAGUUUCACAUACCCUCCUACACCAGUAUCCCUCCAGCAAAUGCAUCAGCAAAUUAUAAGUCGUCAGCAAACCCUAGGUUCAGCCUUUGGACACAGCCCUCCACUCAUCCAUCCUGCUCCAACUUUUCCUACCCAGAGACCUAUCCCUGGCAUCCCCAGUGUCCUGAACCCUGUCCAAGUCAGCUCUGGACCCUCUGAGUCCACACAGCAGAAUAAACCCACAAGUGAAUCUGCAGUGAGCAGCACAGGAGACCCCAUGCACAACAAGCGCUCCAAGAUAAAGCCUGACGAGGACCUCCCCAGCCCAGGAGCAGGAAGCAUGCAGGAACAGCCAGAAGGAAUGACCUUGGUAAAAGAGGAAGGGGACAAAGAUGAAAGCAAACAGGAGCCUGAAGUGGUCUAUGAGACAAACUGCCACUGGGAAGGCUGUUCCCGGGAGUUUGACACGCAGGAGCAGCUAGUGCAUCAUAUCAACAAUGACCACAUACAUGGUGAGAAGAAAGAGUUUGUGUGCCGAUGGCUGGACUGUUCUCGGGAGCAGAAACCUUUCAAAGCUCAAUAUAUGCUGGUGGUCCACAUGAGGAGACAUACAGGGGAAAAGCCACACAAAUGCACUUUUGAAGGUUGUACAAAGGCCUACUCCAGAUUAGAAAACUUGAAAACGCACUUGAGAUCUCACACUGGAGAGAAACCCUAUGUGUGCGAACAUGAAGGCUGCAACAAAGCUUUCUCCAAUGCAUCUGACAGGGCCAAGCACCAAAACAGGACUCAUUCCAAUGAGAAACCAUAUGUUUGCAAGAUACCGGGCUGCACGAAGCGCUACACAGACCCCAGCUCUCUCCGGAAGCACGUGAAGACCGUGCAUGGCCCAGAGGCACACGUCACCAAGAAGCAGCGGGGAGAUAUCCACCCAAGGCCUCCGCCACCAAGGGACCCAGGCAGCCACUCUCAGACCCGGUCACCAGGCCAUCAGACUCAGGGUGCCAUUGGUGAGCAGAAGGACCUCAGCAACACUACCUCAAAGCGUGAAGAAUGCCUCCAAGUGAAAGCGGUCAAGUCAGAAAAACCAAUGACAUCUCAGCCAAGCCCUGGUGGUCAGUCUACAUGCAGCAGCGAACAGUCCCCCAUCAGCAACUAUUCCAACAAUGGGAUCGAGCUUACUCUGACCAGUGGUGGUAGUAUAGGAGACCUCAGUGUCAUCGAUGAAACCCCAAUCAUGGACUCUACCAUUUCCACAGCCACCACAGCACUUGGCUUACAGGCCAGGAGGAAUAUGACAGGGACCAAAUGGAUGGAGCAAGUGAAAUUAGAAAGGUUGAAACAAGUUAAUGGAAUGCUUCCAAGACUGAACCCCAUUCCACCUUCCAAAGCCCCAACCUUGCCGCCUCUCAUAGGAAAUGGUACCCAGUCGAACAGCAGCUGCAGUGUCGGAGGAUCCAUGACUAUUCUGCCAAACAGGAAUGAGCUCUCCAGUACGGACAUCACUGUGUUGAACAUGCUGAACAGGAGGGACAGCAAUACUAGCACAAUCAGUUCAGCCUACCUGAGCAGCCGCAGGUCCUCUGGAAUCUCACCUUGCUUCUCCAGCCGGAGGUCCAGCGAUGCCUCCCAGACAGAGGGAAGACCGCAGAAUGUGAGCGUUGCAGACUCCUACGACCCCAUCUCAACGGAUGCCUCCCGGCGCUCCAGUGAAGUGAGCCAGUGUGAUGACCUGCCAAGUCUUCUCAGCCUCACCCCAGCCCAGCAAUACAGGCUGAAAGCUAAAUAUGCAGCAGCUACUGGUGGACCCCCACCAACUCCACUGCCUAACAUGGAGAGGAUGAGCCUCAAGACAAGGAUGGCACUCUUGGGUGACUGCAGGGAGUCUGGAGUAUCUCCACUGCCUCCAGUGAACAUCCCUCGAAGAUGUAGUGAUGGUGGGGCAAAUGGUUACAGCAGGAGACAUUUUCUGUCUCACGAAGCCUUAGGAAAUGGGACAAGGAGAGCCAGUGAUCCAGUCAGAAUGGCUUCCGACAACCUCUCUGUCCCACGAGUCCAGCGUUUCAACAGUCUUAAUAGCUUUAACACUCCUGCUUUGCCUCCAUCCAUGGAAAAGCGCAACCUUGUUCUUCAGAACUACACCCGUUCUGAGGGUGGCGUCUUCCGCGGCUUCAGCUCUCCCUGUCCUCCAAGCAUCAGCGAGAACGUCGCCCUGGAGGCUGCUACAAUGGAAGCAGGUAGCAGUCUGAAUGAUGAGGAUCUCCUGCCAGAUGAUGUGGUCCAGUAUCUGAAUUCCCAGAACCAGGGCAUGUACGACCAUUUGUUGAACAAUGUUCUAGAUAGCAACAAAAUGCAUCACAGCUCAGUUUCAGGAAACAACAAUUCCAGCAACUUUGACCAAGCCCCUACACCGAGCAGUCAGCAAGCGGGUCCUGAGGCAAAUAAGAGUGACUUGCCCAUUCAGUGGAAUGAAGUAAGCUCAGGAAGUUCUGACUUAUCUCCGUCAAAGCUGAAAUGUGGUCAGCGGUCAGCAGUGCAGCAGGCUCGGGCCUUCAGACUACAUAACAAUAUGAUGGUUCAGCAGCAGAACCUGGAGAGAAGCAACAUAGCCCAGCAGAAUGGCUAUCAGAACCUGAUAGAGAACACCACUUCCUACAGUUUACAGCAAAAUAUGACUCCUGCCAGCAGAGCCGGGAAUUCUUUCAGCAUGCAGCCCAACAAACCUUACAGUGAAACCAUGGGCAGGCAAGCAAUGAUGUCUGGGGUGACAGACAAUUCCUGUGGCAUGGCAGUGCAAGGGCAGAAGCUGAGAAUCAGCAACAUGCCAGUGAAUGGGAGCCAGCAAAAUUUCAGCCAUCCCCUGGCAUCCAGUGAUCAAACCACCAGUAUGGCAAAUGGGAUGCAGGACAGGAAUAUGAUGGAACAGGAAUAUUUGCAAAGCCAGCCAGUCGGAGAUGGAGUUCGUUACCAGGGAGCCAAUCAAUCUGGUCAAAUGAUGCUAGGGCAGGUUAGUCCUACCUCACAAGGCAGCCUGUAUCAAGGGCCACAGAGUUGUCCACUGGUGUCUCACACCAUUGGUAGCCAGCCUUCAGGUUUGUCAGUGGCCAAAAGUUACCAGUCAUGCUCUAAUUACAACAGCAACAGACGGCAAAACGUGUUGAGAAACAACCUGUCCCAACAGCAAAGACACAUAGAUGAUGGCAACCAGACAUACAGGGUAAACACCAUUAAGAUGGAAAUGCAAGGUCAAUCACAGCAGUUCUGCUCUAACAUACAGAAUUACUCUGGUCAGUUAUAUGACCAAACCAUGGGCUUUAGCCACCAAGCUAUGAAAACAAGUUCUUUCUUUGGUUCAGAAGCCAGCUGCCUGCUGCAGGGGACUGCAACAGAAAACUCAUCUGAGCUUCUUUCCCCGGGGACUAACCAAGUGUCAAGUACAGUUGACAGCAUUGACAACAACAGUCUAGAGGGUGUGCAGAUAGAUUUUGAUGCUAUCAUAGAUGAUGGGGACCAUGUCAGCUUAAUUUCGGGAGCCCUGAGCCCAAGUAUCAUUCAAAAUGUCUCCCGCAAUUCCUCACGCCUCACCACUCCCCAAGCAUCUCUUACAUUCCCAGCUAUGCCUGUAAGCACAACCAACAUGGCUAUUGGGGACAUGAGCUCUUUGUUGACCUCACUUGCAGAAGAAAGCAAGUUUCUUGCUGUUAUGCAAUAGACAUAAAAAACAAAAAACACUUAGGAGAUAACAGAUGGAAAAAAGACUCAUAUUUUUUAGUUGUGUAUGUAUUUUAGCAAUCUCAUCUCACCUAAAUGGGAUGUGUUUCAAGUAUAUUCCUUUUAUGGAAUAAGGACUCUGAAAACCCUAAAGUGUUCUAGGGAGAAACUGUCUUCCAUUUCAGUUUUGAAUCAGUAUUGCUAUGCCCAUUCCCUCCCUUUCUCUCUCUCUCUCUCGUGCCCUUUUCAAAUGUCUGUAUGCUUCUUUUAUUUUUGUUUUAUUUUUUACCUGUAAACCAAUGUAAACGUGUGAAGUGCAUGUUGUGGGGUUUUUGUUUUGUUUUGUUUGGGGUUUUUUUUGUAAAGAAAGGCCUGAUGAAAUGAUAAUUUUCUGUUACUCAAAUGAAGCUAGACCUUGUAAAACUCUUGCAACUUUUCCUCUUGAACCUAUAACCAGGCACAAUGUGAAGUGAGCAUACAGUGAUGAAAUCCUCUCUGGAUGCACUGGACACAUCACACUGAGGUGGAAAACCAGCUUAGAAAUGCACUGCCAUGGUACCCCUGGGCUGCAGUUUCACACACAGAGAUAGCGGUCACUGCCUUGAAUAACAAUACUGAACUUGUGCCAUGUUUGACCUAUUUCAGAGGAAGGAGAGGACCAGAAAGCUGUUUGUUGUCCAACUCUCCUCUUUUGCAGUAUUUGGUAUUCUGGUUUUCAGCCUUCUUUUUUAAAUGACUGAAUAGCAAAAUUAUGGGCGUGUAUAGUGACUUUGGUAGUCUACAGUCUUCCCAUUGCAUACCACAUUUGUGGAGAUACAGUCAGGGUGUUAUUAAGUAUUUCAUACAAUGAAAUCACAAAAUUACAGUUUUUCAUACUGGGGAAUUAAUUUUUUUUUUUUAAUGCAAAUUGUUCAGGUUUAACUUGCUGAGCCACUGGUUCUUAUUUAGUGGAAGAACUGUAUGUAUAUCCCCUUUAGCCCAAACAGCUCCAUGGAUACAUAGAGUUUCAAAAACAUCAUGGGCAUGUCAUGUAAAAGAAGUAGAAAAUGAAUGACUGGCCCAGUUCUCAGACUAGCCAAAUAAAUCAAAGCAGUUGCAAGCAAUCUGAUAAUCUUAAAUGUUUUUCCACUGUGUCCAGGCUUUACAAAAUCAAGAAAUUAGAACUGCCAUUAAAAAUAGCAAAUAAACAAGGGGAACAGCAAGUAUUGAGAGAUCACAGACUAUUCUGAUCUGGAAUUAUUAUCAGGUCCAGCUCUUCAGUGAAUGGCCUGUAUGAGGAUCAAACCCACAACUUUGAUGCUAUUAGCACUGUGCUCUAACCAACUGAGUUGUCUGGCAACUAAUCAAAGCUCAGAAAGACCAACCCAGCUUCUUUCUCUCUCUCUUGGUGACACCAUGUGCAUUUAAUUUCCAAGCAAACCAGUGGGUCAAUGCCUAGGGUCAGUUACACCAGCAAAAAAUUGAAACCAACGCACUGUGAUCAUUAAGCUACUCACUGGUAGAGGUGAAUGGCAUUUUCUCUAUGAGCACUGGCUUGUUUUUGGCUCGGCUGGGCUCCAUGUCUGCACCCAUGAGUAUGCUCCUGAGUGGUUAUGCUCAUGAGGCUGCUGUGGGGAGCAAUUACAAGACCACAGCUUAAAUUCACCCACUCCAAGAAGCUGCAUGGAGUUCCAGCCCUUGAAAACUUCUCAAUUAAAUCCCAAUAAUGAAGUCCUACUAUGGGAUGAAGAUUGUGCAGGCACUUACAGUCAUGGAUUUGAUGUCUAUAAGGAGCUGAUGUUAUAGUAGGCAUAUAGCAAGAGGAGGGAGCAUAGUCAGUUUUAAAAUACAGAGAAACUUUAUCCCAGUCAAAAUCAGAAGGUGACUUCUGUAGGCUGGAAAACCGUAGCAUUUUUUUCAAAAGGUGAAAUGCCAGCUGAUUCAGAACAUGGCAUUUGAGGAAAUGUGUAGGAAUUUAAUCUCAGUGAAGCUGUCAGAUAACAUUGAUCUGUUAGUAGCUGUUAGAGUCAGAGCAUGAAUGUGUAAAUCAGUAGGAAGACAUCAUCAGAAUCUGGUACAGGGGCCAUAUUUGAGAUUAUCACAGCAUGUACCAAGACAUUUGCACUGUGAGCUGGAAUGUCAGAAAUCAAGACAAAUGUAAAUAUCCUACACCUUUUAUCAUGAUCUAGUUCCUAUCUUUCUUUUAUGUUUAGCCAGCAUUUCUUUCUUACUCUGUCCCUUGCACACAUUCACUCAUCCUGCACUUUUCCCUUUGGCACUUCCCCUCCCAGCUUCCCUGCCCCUGACCAGCUAUCACAGCCCGCCUGCAGGGGUCCCUGGGCUGCAUGGGCAGUUGGGCACUGCUCACCAUAGCAAAUGACUGGAUUGCUGUGGCAGUGGGAAAAGGGCCUGCAGAGACCUGCUGCCUGUACACAACCAUUGCCCCUGCUCUGCUGCUGGGACAAGAAGCGAUGCAUCCCCCUGGGCAGGUCCCCAGGGGAAGGGAUGUUCCUAGGGCUGUGCUGUGCAUUGCAGUGCUGGGAUACAGCCCACAGCCCUGCAGAGAAGCAGCACUAUAGGCAUGAGGAAAGGAUGUGCUGGACAUGUUUCAGAUGGUUCUCAGUAGCCAAUCUUGUCUGUUUAUUAAAGCUAUCAAUUACAUGUUUAUAAACAAUUUCAACAGGGAGACUUAUGACCAGCCUGGGAGUAGGUGGCUUGGGAGAGAAGUCUUUUAUUGUAAUGGAACCAAUACAUUAAAAAAAAAGCCCAAACAUCCCCAACUAUUUUUUAAAUUCAAUUUUCCAGUUCAUAAUUGUAUCUGCUGGUGCAAUUGAUGCUGGGAAGCUAUUAACAGAUGUGAUCCAUCAGAGCUUAGACGGAGCCAUUCAUAUUGCUCCAGGCUAAAAGAGACUGUUUGAGUAGUCAGUUUGUCUUCCUGGAUUUGACAAACCUUUGUCACUCACUUAGCCUUGUCUUGGGCCAGCAGUGUGUCUUGGCAGAAACCACAUGCUCAAGAAAGGCAUCCCAUCUGAUUUGGCAAAGCUGAAGAAUCAGAGACUCCACUGUGUCCUUGGGGAGUUUGUGCAAAGGAUUUACCAUUUUCACCAUUAAGUGCAUGUGCUCUUAUGUAUCACUUUUCAGUUUUUAGUGUUUUCUCAUGCUUUUCUGUUUUAUGCUAAAGAGGCUGGUUUUGGUACCUGUGAGGGUAGCAAUACAUCAUAGCCCAGCUAUCUUGGGUUUUAGUUCUGUUUUGAUAAGGUAGACUGGUCUCUCUGAGCAUGGCGCUGUUACAUUGGACACCAGCUUUCACUUGUCAGCCUCCUUCUCAACAUGUGGCAGUCUGGGGAAAGUCCCAUCAACACUGGUGGGAUGAGUUUACUAGCACCCCUCUACCCAGUUACAGAGUUGCUUUUGUGUAUGUGGCACAUCAAUAGAUUUUUGCAUAGCUCACACUGCUCACCCAAGAGUACAAGAAAAUGCACAAUAUAUCAUGACUUUUCUAUUUUUAAAGCAUUGCAGCAUAAGUCUAAAUCACCAUUUCUUGUGAGGGUCCUCCAUAUGCAUUACUGUUGGCCUUGGGCACAUCAUUAACACUCAGCCUGCCUGAAUCGUGUGUGUUUCUCCAGGCAGUUUUACUUUCCACAAAGUGGAAGUUGCCAGUGAAGAGUUUAUCUGUAAUUUACACACAGGUGAAGGGAAGGUGUGUUUGCAGGAAAGUAAGUGGGCUUCCAUGUGGGAGUACAAUGGUCCCACACAUCCAACACCUGGCAGAUGAUGUUAUUCUCUCCUUGGGGAAUGGCCCCAAAUGGUACGUGCAACUGCUUCCCCUGCCCCUCAGUGGGAUGGCUGGUCAGCUCACCCAUGCCUGUCCCGCCAUUGCUUGUCCCGCUGGACAGCAGUGUUUGUAUUCCCAAAAUGUAUGUGCCUUAUUUUGCGUUGACCCUGUGAAAGAGAGGGACCAGGAUGUGUUGCCAAAUUUUCCUGAUGAGGCUGUACUUGCCAUUGAGCUAAUAGCACAUACCACUGUUAAUAGUGUCUGAAACAUCUUGUAAACCUCUGGUAUUCAUGUGUUAUUGUCCUUGGAUUGGUGGAAUAUCUCCUAUGGAACAGUUACUCUUGUCAGUCCUGCAGAUGUGUAAGAUAAAAAAGUGUUGCUUUUUUUAAAAUUUUUUAAUUUUUUUUUUAUAAAGCUUGUAAUCCUUAAAAAAAAGAGAAUGUGUAAAUACAUUUAUGUACGGUAGGAAUAGUGUUCAGUUGUAACAGACCUUAGUGUUCUUCAUUUGAUAAACCUGCAGUUAUGAUCUGAUGUUUCUCAAGCCUUAGGUUGAUCUGAAGGGUCUGUAGCACUGUGUACAUAUGAACUGUACUUCUGCUUUCAGAACCACUUAGCUUUUUUGUAACAAAGAAAAAAAUGUUUCUUAUAAUGUCAAUAAAAACAAAAGCCUUUGUACUUAA